UCUGCCAAUUGAAAUAGCUCACUAACAGCAGCGAGCCAGAGAACCGAGCCUGCCUUUAUGUCAGGGCCACUUACCUGCAAGGUGCGCAACGAAGAUGAUGACCAUGAACAGCAAGCAGCAUUUCUCUAUGCACCCGGUGCUGCAGGAGCCCAAAUACUCUGGCCUGCACGCAAGUUCGGAAGGCAUGCGCAGGGUGUGUCUGCCUGCCCCGCAGCUUCAGGGCAAUAUAUUCGGUUGCUUUGAUGAGAGUCCACUGGCACGCGCGGAAGCUCUGGCGGCUGCUGACAUUGUCUCUCACGGCAAGAGUCACCCUUUCAAGCCUGACGUGACUUACCAUACCAUGAGUAGUGUCCCCUGCACCUCCAACUCCUCUACGGUGCCCAUCACCCACUCCUCCACCCUGACCCCUCACCACCACCACCACCACCACCACCUCAACCAGAGCUUGGAGGGGGAUCUCCUGGAUCACAUCUCGUCCAGUCUCUCUGUGAGCGGGAUGGGGGCUCCGGAUUCCUCUAUGAUGGCCACUCAAGCCCACCAGCACCACCUCCAGACCAUGGGUCACCUUCACCAAGCUAUGGCCAUGGGUCAUCCGCACUCCUUGUCUGUGCACAACGGAAUGUCGUGUGUCAACGACGUGGAGUCGGAUCCUAGGGAGCUGGAAGCCUUCGCUGAGCGGUUCAAACAAAGGAGGAUAAAGCUCGGGGUGACCCAGGCGGACGUUGGCUCAGCUCUCGCCAACCUAAAGAUACCUGGGGUGGGCUCUCUCAGCCAGAGUACUAUCUGCAGGUUCGAGUCCCUCACCCUCUCUCACAAUAAUAUGAUUGCGCUAAAACCUGUCCUCCAAGCCUGGCUCGAGGAGGCUGAGGCUGCUUACCGGGAGAAAAACAGCAAGCCAGACCUUUUCAAUGGCAACGAACGCAAACGAAAACGCACGUCGAUAGCCGCACCUGAGAAACGAUCUUUGGAGGCAUAUUUUGCUAUCCAGCCCCGUCCCUCUUCGGAAAAAAUUGCUGCAAUUGCUGAAAAACUGGACCUUAAAAAGAACGUGGUUCGUGUGUGGUUUUGCAACCAACGGCAAAAACAGAAAAGGAUGAAAUAUUCUGCUGUGCAUUAGGUCACAUAAUGCCUCAAAUACGCCAUUUUGAAGAGAUAACGGGGAUCUAUCAACAUCUCAUGCCCGACUGGAAUUUACUACUGAGACUCUAUAGGAUGUAUUUAAAUUUAAAUUAUUUAAAUGAUUUCGUUCACUUUUUUUGUCCUGUUGUUUAGUUUGGAAUUAAACGUAUCGUGCUAAAGGUCUCUUGGAGGACAUUUUCGUUGUUGAUUUUAUGACUGCCUAUGACAACUCUUCAAUCACAGAACUAAACUAUAGGGCCUAACAAAUAGAGGGAGAAAAUGACUUCUCUCUCGUUUGAUAUGUCCUGUUGAAUGCUCAUAAAACCUGUUAGUUGUUUGGACAAUUUAAUCAAUUACACUAACCAUUUUCACGUUUAGGAUUCAUAUUUAAGAUGGAAUGAAUGCGUGUUCACUGCAUAGGGGUAACACAACCACUCAACAAAUGCUAAUAAAUGUGCCCUCUUUGUGAACUAGCUGAACUUUAUUCACCGUUGUGUGUAAACGAGGCAAAUACUAUUCACAAUAUUUAUGACACAACACGAGUUGAUUUUCUUUAAUAGGCUAAUUUUAAAUAAGGCAUGUCAAACCGGCAUUUGAAGGCUGUUAUAUUUUGUCAUGGACUAUUUUGAUGUGAAAAAAUGUAAAACAGUUUGGAG